CCGGCUGGUCCCUGGGAGGUGUACGCGCAGCCUGGGUGGAGGUGGUUGGUUUUAUUUGUGUCACAGGGAGAGGGUGAAAGGCAGAGUCCGGAGCUCUGCACUGCCUGUGUGUGAGUGUUGAGAGCUGCUGCCUGGUGAUCAGUGCACAACAGCAGCCAGAUGUUUUGGUUAGAGCUUGCCCCUGCCUCUUGGGUUCCGAAAGCUUUCAUCCUGGGUUCGCUGCUGCUCUCGGCUGUGGCUUCAGAUCUCCGAGUGUGUGGCAAGAAUGAUUAUCACUAUGAGUACACGGAAUGCGAUAACACUGGGUCCCGGUGGAGAGUUGCCAUUCCUAAAUCUCCAGGGAUGUGCACUGGAUUACCUGAGCCAAUCAAAGGCAGAGAAUGCUCCUUUUCUUGUGGAUCAGGGGAGUUUCUGGAACUACAAAAUCAGAACUGCAGUAAAUGUGCAGCAGGGAGUUACUCCCUGGGAAGUGGCAUUCGAUUUGAUGACUGGGAUACUAUGCCACUUGGAUUUUCAACAGUAGCGACAUUUGUAGACGAUAUGGGAAAGAGUAGUACCGGCAGUAAUAAUUGUGACUCAUCCUCCUGGAUUCCCCAAGGAAGUUACAUUGCUUCAAACAGAGAUGAUUGCACAGUUUCCCUCAUCUAUUCAGUACACCUGAAGAAAUCAGGAAGUGUUACAUUUGAUUAUCAAUAUCUGGAUAACUCUAUCUUCUUUGAAUUUUUUGUACAAAAUGAUCGGUGUCAGGAUACAGAUAUGGCAGAACAAAGAUGGGUGUCUAAAACAGAGAGGGAUGAAUGGAAAAAAUAUUCAAUGGAUUUGAAUACUGGAACAAAUGUCCUGUACUGGAGAACCACAGCAAUUAUGUUGGGUACAAAAAUAACCAAUCCAGUUCUUGUGAAAAACAUCCGUAUUGAAGGUGUAGCCUAUACUUCUGAAUGUUUCCUGUGUAAACCUGGAACUUUUAGUGAUACUGCUGGUUCUUCCAUCUGUAAGCCCUGUCCUCGAAAUACGUUUUCUGGAAGAGGAGCCAGUUCCUGCCAGAAAUGUGAUGAAACCAAGCAGUUCGCAGAUGAAGGCUCUAGUGAGUGCAAAGAUCGCCCACCUUGUACAGAGAGAGAUUAUUUUCAGAUACAUUCACAAUGUGACAAUGAGAGAAAGACUCAGAUCAUGUACAAAUGGAUUACACCGAAGCUUUGUAGGGAGGAUAUGAAAGGUGCAGCCCAGCUCCCUCCAUCUGGAGAGAGAAAGCCUUGCCCACCAUGUAACCCUGGUUUCUACAACAAUGACACUGCAACCUGUGCUCCCUGCCCUUCUGGAACCUUCUCAGAUGGAAUGAAUCCAUGUAAGCCGUGCCCAGCUGGUACUGAGCCUGUGCUGGGCUUUGAGUAUAAAUGGUGGAACACUUUACCAGCAAAUAUGAAGACCUCAUGCUUCAAUGUUGGAAAUUCCAAGUGCGACAAAAUGAAUGGGUGGGAAGUAGCAGGUGAUCACAUUCACAGUGCAGUUGGAGGCUCUGAUAAUGACUAUCUCAUCUUAAAUCUCCUCAUUCCCAGCUUCAGCCCAUCGAUUUCAUCAGCACAUUCCAAUGGGUUGGAAGUGGGGAGAAUCACCUUUAUUUUUGAGACUCAGUGUGCUGGAGACUGUGAGUUAUACUUCAUGGCGGAUAUAAACAGAAAGGUGACGAGUGUUAUCGAGUCUUGGGAAGGUACUAAAGAGCGACAGUCGUACGCUCAUGUCCUAACGAAGAAUGUCCCAGUUACUUACACUUGGGCUUUCCAACGAUCAAGUUCUCCUCAAGAGGUCAGAAAGUUUCUGAAUGAUAACGUGAAGAUCUACUCCAUCACCGUGACCAAUGUGGAAAAUGGCGCGUCUUCACAUUGCCGGCCUUGUGCACUUGGCCCUGAUCAGCAGAGUUCUUCUUGUGUGCCUUGUCCACCUGGACACUAUAUUGAGAAAGACACAAAUCAGUGCAAGGAAUGUCCUCCAAACACCUACCUCUCAGCCCAUCAUGCGUAUGGUGUGGAGGUAUGCAUUCCCUGUGGACCUGGCAGCAAAAGUGAUAAGGAACAUUCAAUUUGUUUUAGUGAUUGUUCUUUUACACACACUUUGGAGAAUCGUACUUUAACAUUCGAGUUCAGCAAUCUUAGUGGUGUGGCUUCCUUAAUGAAUGGACCCAGUUUCACCUCAAGAGGGACAAAGUAUUACCAUUUUUUUAACAUUAGCUUAUGUGGAAAUGAGGGGAAAAAGAUAGCCAUUUGCUCCGAUAACGUAACUGAUGUAACAGUCCAAGAUGUACAAAGUGAUCCCAAUGAGUUGAGCAAUUCUGUUGCUGCUUUUCUGUGCCAGUCAACUAUCAUUCCUUCAGAUGGGAGGAGUUUCCGAACUGCGCUGUCGUCUCAGUCUAUCAGUCUGGCUGAUGCCUUUCUAGGUGCAACUGUUGAAACAUCUGUGCAAAAUGUUACUGCGAGACCAGAGCUAUUUCCUGCCCCUACAAACCACAUUCCAGAUAUUAAUUUCUUCUAUAUGUCAUCUCUGUCAACAACGUCAUGUGAAAAUGGGCGUGGAACUGUCAUAACAGUUCGAUGUAAUCCAGGAAAGGAUGGCAAAGGAGAAAUCUCUGUACCAAGUGUCUGUCCGGGUGGAACUUGUGAUGGAUGUACAUUCCUUUUCCUGUGGGAAACUGUCCAGGCCUGUCCGCUCUGCACAGCAGCUGACUACCAUGGAAUCGAGGGAGCUUGCAAGGCUGGUCUUCAGGAAACCACGUACGUGUGGAAGGAGCCAAAGGUGUGCAUCAAAGGAGUCAAACUUCCUGAAAAAAGAAUCACCAACUGUGAGAUGAUAGAUUUUUGGCUGAAAGCUGUUGUAGGAAUUGGAGCUUUUACUGCAGUGCUGCUGGUCAUAUUAACCUGCUAUUUCUGGAAAAAGAACAAGAAGCUAGAGUACAAAUACUCAAGACUGGUGAUGAAUGCAAACUCGAGAGAAGUGGAGCUUCCUGCAGCUGAUAGCUGUGCUAUAAUGGAAGGUGAAGAUAAUGAAGAUGAAAUUGUUUAUUCCAAUAAACCUUCCUUACUGGGGAAGCUGAAAUCAUUAACUUCAAAGGACAAAGAAGAUAUUUUUGAGUCUGUUCAACUCAAGUCACCAAGAGCUCGCAAUAUAUGAAUAUGGAAAGUUGGUUACAGAAAUGUUGGCAGUAAUCCCUAUUACAAAACGCAUGGACGUGUACCAGCUUGAACCAUGAAGACAUCUCAAGUACUACCGUACCUGAAAUACUACUGAAAAGAAACAUUUGCAAACAGUCACUGUUUGAUUGCCUUAUUGUGCUAGUUGUAGGGAGUAUCAGACAUGAGUCGCCAAAUGUAAUGAACAUGCUGGUUGCCAAACUGACAACAUAAAUCUCAGGAAGAGCUUAUGUUCAUUCUUCUUACUAACUUACCAAUAUAAUUGGACAUUUUAACACAUUUAUUUUUCUUCUACCAUUUGUGCGGUUGCAGGGAUAUUUUUCUGUUUUCCCCUUGUUUCUCUCUGCAGUUAACUGCAUUACUUUAUUUCCUAGAUUUUCAAUGUAGCUGUGUACUGCAAAAGUAGGUUCCGUAAUGUAAAAUGAUAGAUUUAAUCUGUGGAUUAUAUUUAUAGUGUGCAAAUCAGCAGGUAAGCCAGUGACGAAAACAAUCUUGUAAUGUUUACAAGGCAGUGAAUAUCACAUGAUUUUAAAAGAAAUGAAAAGCCCUCUAACACCGUCCCAUCUUGUCUUGUCCUCUGGAUGAAACUUUGUACUAGGAAGCUUAAACUUUGUGGAGUGUGCAUUGAACAUGUUUCAGUCUGUGUGCCAUUAGAGAAAAUGAAUACUUGUUGCAAAUACCUAACAGACUGUUUAAAGUGUUGGUGUUGGGCUGUGAUAGCUGGUGUCUUCACUGACAAUGGUUUUAAUUGACACUUCUGAUCUGAGGUGUAGCCAGUUCAUGGUGUUCCCUGAAUGUCAUUUCACAUUAAUUCAGUAAUGUUUACUAUUGAUGCCACAAAGCCGCAUGCCCAAAUACAUUGUGUUCGUUAUUUUCAAUUAUUGAGAAUGGAAAUAUGAUUCAGUAGAAUUAACCAGUUUUAAUAUAACAUGCAAACACCUGCCUGUUUUUGGCACAAUGAAACACAGGCUUGUAGCUCUUUGAGAAAAGUUGCUGAAAUAAGAACUGAAUUUUUAUGCUUUGUCUGAUGGAAUGGUGAUUGCUGUCAGAAAGCCCUAAGGGUUUGGGGCAGGAUGUUGCAAGGACGGAAUAAGGUUCUGUGUUAGACAUUGGACUGUGUUGCCGAAGGGAGCAGAAAAACAGUCACAUUUUCACAAUUCAAUGCGUAAAAUGCAUACUGAAUGAAUCUAUUUCUAUACGGACUAUGUAAGGAUUGAUCUGUGUGUUAAAUUAUAGAAAUUAAAUGCUAAGGAAAGUUGAAUAAAUAGUUUUGCUACAACAGGGAACUGCUUAAUAACUGAAGAAAGGUUCUGAACAAGUUGUAUCAGACUUAAAACGUUAAUUCUGUUUUCUCUCCACAGAUGCUGUCAGACCUGCUUAGUUUCUCCAGCAAUUCCUUUUUUUUGUUUUGUAUCUCCAGCACUGUUUUGCUUUGAAUUCGUUAAUAACUGGAAGUGCCCAGGAAAGAUCUUCUACACAGAUUGUUCCUGCCUACAACCAUCAGGUGGCAGCAAGAACAAUUAAAAUCAUUUGCAAGUGUUAGUGGAGCGAAAGUAUUAAACAAGUCUUACUUCAUCAAAGUACUAAUCUACAUUACCCCUUUUCCCUCUAGAUCUGAUGAUAUGUUAUCUUUACCAGUCGGGGCUUAUAUUAUCACAAACUUGUCAAUCAAAUCAAAGUUUUGCUUCUCUCAUGAGCAAGGCAGAAGAGUCACAAAGCAUCCUUCAGGUGACUGAAGAUGACCACAGAUAUCUUACUAUUUUUAUUAAAAAAAAAUCUCAACUAGCCAGACCAAAUAUCCUUUCCUAGGCAGUGCUGUUUUGCAAGUUCAGAGGGAAAGACCUUGUCUUUUGAUCUUUAGCUCUGAAGCCUGUAACGUUUAUGAUAAUAAAUGAAUUAGUGAUUUGCAUUUUUGAAACUAUGAAGUGGGGGUGCAAUUUUUGAUACUAACACGGGGGUGAAAUGUUCCUUUGUAAUUUUGUUUAUUGCAGUUGUGGAUGGACUGGUUACUGAGAACACACUGCUGCUGGAUUCCCAUUACGUUAAAUCAAGGGGCAUUUUAUUUACAGUGAACUAUAAAAUUAUAUACACAAAGAUAUUUUAGUUCUAUGAGUGUCUUUUGACCAAAGGAGAGAUGUUUUAUUUGCUAUGGAUUUUUGUUAUUUAAUAAUCAGCUAAUUUAGCUGUAAAACUGAACUGGAAGAUUCAGAGUUUAGAAAAGUGAUUCAAAACUAACGAGCAAACAUAUCAGCACACUUAGAAAGUUGGAAAUGAAGAAUGAUAUUUUGAUUAAUGUCAUGCAUUAUUACUCUAAUGCACAUAAUUGACUUUUAAUAAAGCAGCUUAGUUAGAUAUUAGUUGCCAAAGAUAAAGUAAACUCAUUUGGCUAGAACAUCAAACUUUCCUGCUCCUCUGCUGCUUGGUCUGCUGUGUUCAUCCAGCUUCCCUCCGUAUUAUCUAUGGCUAGAUGGCUGGUUUGCAAUACAGAAUGACAACAUAGGUUCAAUUCCAAUGUCGGCUGAGGUAACCAUAAAAACCAAAUCCAUCUUAACCUCUCCCUCUCUGAUGAGGGAGCAGCUGUAUGGCCCAGGAAGACUCUGGUCACUUUACAAAGGUACUUUUGCUCUAUGCACAACCAUAAUUUGACACAAGAGGGCAGUGUUUCCACAGUGGAGGUGACGGGUGUUUGGAGCGUACAGUCUACUGUAUCUAAAAAUGUGUUAUUUUGGCUAAUUGCUCCCUGUCUCCUCACCUUCUCCUGAGUUUCUGCUCAAACCUGUUUUCAUUUUGAUCUGUGUGACAUCUACACUGAAUCAGUAGCUGGGCAACAUUUUAAAAACAUGAUUAAAUUUUUAAAAAUAUUAUUUUCAAACAAUAUUCCUUAAUGUGCUAGAUAAUUUCAAAAACUUCAAUUAAUACACUUCAAAAUAGAUUUAUUGCAAAAAAUAAGCAUUUUGACUCACAGCAUCAGUCCAACUGUAAUUUUAAAUAUCUACACGUACUUUUAAAGUAUAUACAGAGCUAUUUUGUAAAUUGGGGCAAUCAGUUGUUUUGAACUUAUUCUUUUUAAUUCAAACCCUUUUGUAACUUACCUAAUAGUCACUUUACACCCAAAGGUUCCAGUGAAUUCAAGGACCCUGCUCAAAAUUCAUAACUGGGUGCUGUGGGUGGAAUCUUGGCAGGGUAAUUCAACUCAUAUUGGGGACAUGACCCUCCUUUUUGGGCCCUAUCUAGUUCCAGUGUGGAGCUUUUUAAAAACCAGCACAACGUCUUGGGAAGCUUAAGUUACACUUGAAAUUUCACAACCCAUUACGCGAUAUUGUGCAGAUAUUGCAUGUAAUAGCACCGUGAAAAAUGGUGAGGGUAAUUGGAGAGUCCAGAUCAGCAACAUUACAUAAAACUCUUUAUCAGUUUGAUUUUUUUUUGAAGUUGCGUGCUUAGUUAUAACAAAUCAGUUUUCUGCUGAAUAUUACUCGCACUGUUAGAUUCUUGUUGCUUUAAGUCCACUGCUGGUCAUUUUUUUCAAAUACGGUGAAGCAUAAAUACAUAGAGAAAAGAACUUUGUUUUAUGAAGUACAGAUGUAUGACACUAUGUUUAGAGACAAAGGUUAUACCAUUUAAAAUCCCUUCCACGUGUUGUGAAUUCUAGUUUAUUUUUGAGAAUGGGUGCAUUGUUUGUAUACUUUGGAACCAUGCAUUAUAUGUUUUGUUUUGCUGAGCUGCACACUCUUUGUUAGCCAAAAUGGUCAUGGUUUUUGGUGUCCACUUUCUUAAAAUAAAUGUGAGCAGUUUUGGGAA